AUGUCCAUCGACGAGAACGAGAUUGCGAGAGCUCCGGCGACGGAGCAAACGCCUCUCCUGCGCGAUGCCGACCCCGCCAAUUCCGGCCCGGCAGACGGAGAGUCACCAGCGACCGAGGAGGUCAGCAUCAAGGAAUUGAUCAUCAUCCUGGGCAGUAUCUGGGUGGGAGUUUUUCUCGCGGCACUUGAUACAACGAUUGUCGCGACACUUUCUGCCCCGAUUUCAUCCUCGUUCAACUCUUUCUCCUUGCUUUCGUGGCUGGCCACUUCAUACCUGAUUUCAAAUGCUGCUUGUCAACCUCUCAGUGGUCGAUUGACUGACAUCUAUUCGCGUCGCUGGGGGUUGGUCUUCUCGAAUAUCUUCUUCGCACUGGGCAACCUGAUCUGUGGUUUGGCAAAGACCGAGAGUACAAUCAUUCUUGGCCGUGUCGUUGCGGGUAUUGGAGGAGGUGGCCUUACAGCCAUCUCGACCUUUGUGACAUCGGACCUAGUCCCCCUUCGGAAACGAGGCAUCUGGCAAGGCGUCGGCAACAUCUGUUAUGGGGCUGGAAGUGGCCUUGGAGGUGUGUUCGGUGGCUGGAUCAACGACACGCUGGGAUGGCGCUGGGCAUUCUUGCUUCAGAUUCCUUUCCUAAUGAUAUCGUGCAUCUUGGUCGCAUUCAAGGUCAAGAUUCCAGUGAAGGAUUCGGACAAAGCCCGGAUCAAGCGUGUUGAUUUCCUCGGUGCCAUCACCCUUGUACUGACGCUCGUUACACUGCUGUUGGGUUUGAACACUGGCGGAAACCAAGUACCAUGGACUCACCCCAUUGUCCUCACCUCGUUACCCCUGUCUGCGGUGUUCCUGGUAUUGUUUAUCUACGUGGAAGCUAAAAUUGCAUCGGAGCCCGUCAUCCCGGUGAAACUCCUUUUGGAUCGCACGGUCGCAGCAGCUUGCCUGACAAACUGGUUCACCACGAUGACGGUGUUUGGCCUGCUUUUCUAUCUUCCUCUGUACUUCCAGGUGCAGGGAUUGUCAGCCACUGCUGCCGGAGUUCGUUUGAUUCCGCAAGCAAUAGGCACAUCUAUUGGCUCCUUGGGCUGCGGGCUUAUCAUGCGAUCCACUGGCCGCUAUAAGCUAUUGAACUCUGCUGUCAUGGCCCUGCAGGUAGUGGCGGUCGCGCUGGUCUGUACCUUGAAUUUCUCCACCCCGUCAUGGCUGCCGUUCCUAUACUUCUUCCUCCUCGGAGCCUCGUAUGGCAGCAUGCUCACCAUCACGCUCGUUGCUCUUAUCUCUGCAGUGGACCAUGAGCACCAUGCGGUGGUUACAUCCGCAUCUUAUGCCUUCCGUAGCACAGGUAGUACAGUUGGAAUCACGAUUGCAUCGACCGUAUUCCAGAAUACUUUCAAGAUUGGGCUGUGGUCUCGCUUCGGUGAUCGCAAGCAUGCGGCUGAGCUUAUCUCCAAGCUGCGAGAUAGUAUCGAUGAGAUCCGCAAACUUCCUCAAGAAUGGUUUCCGGGUGUGCUGGAUGCAUAUAUGAAUUCUCUGCGGGCGGUUUUCUUGACUUUGUUGGGAUUGACUGUGUUGGGAGCCUUGGCUAGUCUUGCUAUGCGCGAGCACAAGUUGCACAAUAAUCUCUCUCGCCGUUGA